AUGUACACCGACCUAGGUCUGCCGGUCUUCUACCCGUUUGUUCGCAUCGUGAUCACCCAUAUCGCUCUGAGGAUCCCCGACGCCGCCGCCAGCUACCGGCGCACUACUUUCCAGAUUGACAAAAUCUUGAAGCUUCAUGUCGCCGACAAGGGGUGUGACGGAGUGUAUCAUGUUGCCGAGACUGAGCGCCGACUGUGGAAGAUCAGUGGGAUGAUCCCGCCGCCGUAUCAGAGUGAAGCGGAGCGGCUGUGGGCGGAGGAAAAUCAAGCGACUCCGUAUGACGGGGCAUAUUAG